AUGGCAGCCGGUGCCCUUGAGCAACGCGUGCCCCUGCACCAUGCAACUGAUCAGCAAGACGCCGAAGCGAUUAAAGUACUACUGGCAGCAGGUGCUGACCCCAUGUCCUCGUUCAAGAACGGCCUCACACCCAUACAUGUUGCGCUCAAGAAGAUCCACGUGGCCCAGAAACACAUGCUUGAGAACGUUCUAGAUGUAUUCUCGCGCUUCCCGCGCGGGGCCAUCCUCCCAUUAACGCAGACGUUGCACAUGCUAUGCUCGCCAGGAGCCGAUCAGUCCCACAUUGAGAUGACGCUGCGCAACUUAGCCGAUGCCAACUUUAUUUAUAUCGUGUCAGAUGGAACUGGCCCGCUCAAAAUUACACUGCUUCAGGACGCACGCCCCAGCGGCAAGCGCGACUCCACUCGCGUCAAGGGAAGGCGGGUCGAGCUUGCCUCUGCCUUGCGACCACAUGGUGGGGAGUUGAGCAGCACCAGCGAUGCGGAUCACGUCCGACAGCAAGCUUUGCCUUCCGAGCAUUGGCAGCAGCAGUCACAACAACAAACUCAAGAAACUCAGCAACAGCACCAACAACCACAAACACAACAUCAUCGGCAACACCUGACGCAUGCCCAUCAGCACCAAGACAAGCAGGCCUACACACACCCGUAUCCCAAUCAUCACCAUCAGCAGCACCACCAACAGCAUCGAGAACACCAACAACAACAGCGCGGCCAGUCUCGGCUUUUCCUGUGGACGCAAGGGGAGGGACAUUCGGCUCACUCGCCAGAUUUGGACGGGAUGGGCUCUGCCCAGUUUGCACCGCUGCUCCACGGUGCUCGGCCUCCGUGGACACACCACCAGCAAAAUGCAUCAUUGCAAACACUGCAAGGCGUACCGUCCCUUCCCCACCACUUGAAGAGGUCCCUGACAACCAACACGGGACAUAAUCAAGCAACUGCGCAGAGCCCGCGCGAGGCACGGUUGGGAUCAGCCUCGAUGCAAUCGCGCCAGUACCAGCCUCAGAUGCAGUUCUCAGCCAUGUAUACACAGCAGUCUAGCUCCCAUACCUCGUCCGAGUCCCGUUCCAAUCCGGUUGCACAAGCCGUCUACCCACGUUACCCUCCAACGAGGUCUUUGGGUCCUCAAACGCAUCAUCAUCCGCAGGUUAUUUCACCGUUCCAACAGCACAUGCAAUUUCUCUCGCCACAGGAGGCCAGUGCGGCCAAGAUCCAAGGCCAACAACCUUUUCAGGAGCAACCGUCGUUACGUCAAAAUCCACCAUCCUCUCAGACUGGUCACGUGACUAGUCGCCCAUUUCUUCAACCGCCUUCCUCAGUUCGACCAGGCGUGGCGCCUGAUUCCGACAUGGAUUCAGGCAUCUCGGAAUAUGCUGGUGGAUGGGUUGAAGGUGGUGAUGCUUGGACAGGCCUUAAUCCGAGCACUGACGCUGGAUAUGAGCCUGCCAUCACAUUCCGUGGCACAGGGCACCAACGCUCUUAUGGUGCACCUGCUGAUCCCUCAUUUGCGGACACUUGGGCGUGA